GAUUGGUUUAAUCGGUGGAAUACACUGUACUUUGGUCUAAAGAGUAAGGACCAGCUGCUUUUAAGAGGCCUGACUAUUCGGAACAGGACUGUUUUUGGAUUUGGCAAGAUGUCUGUUGCAAUUAAGGAUGAUGAGAUUGAUGUUGUGAUAGGAGCACUCCGUUCUGACCUGACAUCAUUCAUGAAUGAGUGGAGACCCAUAUUCUCUCGAUUUCAUCUCAUAAUUGUCAAAGACCCUAAUUUGAAAGAGGAACUCAAAAUACCUGAAGGCUUUAACCUUGAUGUCUAUAAAAAGCCUGACAUAGAUCGAGUGGUGGGUGCGUCUACUUCAAUACUCUUCUCUGGCUAUUCAUGCAGAUAUUUUGGCUAUCUUGUUUCUCGGAAGAAGUACAUUAUCUCUGUAGACGAUGACUGUAUCCCAGCCAGGGACAAUAAAGGCUUUUUGGUGGAUGCUGUUGCCCAGCAUAUUACCAACCUUACAACCCCAGCUACACCAUUCCUUUUUAAUACUCUGUAUGACCCUUUUGCUGAAGGAGCGGAUUUUGUUCGUGGCUACCCAUUCAGUCUUCGGAGUGGGGUGAAAUGUGCUUUGUCAUGUGGGCUAUGGCUUAAUCUGGCUGAUCAUGAUGCACCUACUCAAGCCCUCAAGCCAGAACAGAGAAAUUCCCGAUAUGUUGAUGCAGUUAUGACUGUCCCGGCAAGAGUCCUGGUGCCCAUUAGUGGAAUCAAUAUCGCUUUUGAUAGGGAGGUGGUUCAGGACUUACAAAAAAUUGAAUCUCCAUGA